AUGAACAGCUCUCCAAGGCAUGCCCAGGCCCCGAGUCACCGGCAGUGCCUCCUGCCCUCUGUGGCUCGCACUCCCUCCGUCACCCAUGUCACGCCAGCCAAGAAGAUAACUUUCCUCAAGCGAGGGGAUGCGCGGUUUGCAGGCGUUCGCCUGGCUGUUCACCAGCGCACCUUCAAGACCUUCAGCGCCCUGAUGGACGAGCUCUCUCAGCGCAUGCCCCUCUCCUUUGGGGUGCGCUCUGUCACCACGCCCCGGGGCCUGCAUGGUCUCAGUGCCCUGGAGCAGCUGCAAGAUGGUGGCUGCUACCUUUGCUCGGAUAGAAAGCCCCCCAAGUCCCCGGGUGGACCAGGCCAGCCUCAGGGGACUGUUCUGCAGUCACGGGACUUGGAAGGGGCGCAUGAGGUGCCAGGAACAUCCUCUUCUUGGAAAGGACCUAAAGUUCCAAGGAGGAUAACACUGGUUAAGAACAGGGACCCCAGAUUCCAGGAGACCGUGGUUCUCAGCCACAGGAACACCAGAAGCCUGGUGGCCUUUCUCAGCAAAGCCUCGGAUCUUCUGCACUUUCCUGUGAAGCAGCUAUACACGACCAGUGGGAAAAAGGUGGACUCUCUGCAGGCUCUGCUGCGCAGCCCGUCCACGCUGGUGUGUGCUGGGAAUGAGGCCUUCAGACCUCCGGCUAUGGAAAGUGCCCAAAGAAACAAGACCGAAACUUCAUCUGGGCUGACGUCAAGGCACAAAAGCAGUUGCUGGGGGCCGAGGGCCAAGCAGAGCGUGAUCCACUUGAGGUCCAGGUCCAGCAGCAGGCCGCCACAGUCCUCCUGGUCUGGUCUCAGAGACCCCUCGGCACCCCUGCACGGUGCUCCCAACAGGCACCCUCAGGACACGCCUGGCCCCUUGGUGGCUGGUGACAAUGUGGAGAAGAAGGUCUGCAUGAACGAGGACGGCAGCCUGUCUGUGGAGAUGAACGUCCGCCUGCACCUCCUGGGCGAGGACACGCUGCCCUGGGCCCGCAGGGCGGGAAGGGCCAGUGGGGAGGGCCCGGUCCUGGGGCAGGUGAACCCCUUCUGCUGCAGAUGGGGACACCACCCGUGGGGCUUCUCAGAGUCAGGGGCACAGAGACUGGGCCCCUGUGAGGCAGGAUACCAGGGAGGCCGGCAGCCACGGCCAAGCUUCGAGAUCUGGAGGAACCCCCUGUACGUCCCUCAGGGCGAAGGGUCGGCUCCUCGGAGGUCAGGGCUGGCCCGGCUCUCUCACUGUAGGGGCCGCUGGAGCCGAGGGGCCAACAACAGGGAGAGAGGAAGCAAGGACAGUGCUAGUCCUGCCUCCAGUGCUGGGCACACUGAGGGCUCUGAGCCAGACUCCUGCAGCCCCAGGACCCCAGAGGGCGGCGAGGGCAGUGACAGCCCGUGUCCAACCUCCACGGCUGCUUCCCAGUGCGGAGAUGAGAGGGAAGCUGGCGAGGGCUCCUGCCCAAGGGAAGCAGGGCUGGGCGGCCCAGGGUUCCAUGGCUGCCUGGGACCCGGGACCCCAGUUGCAAAGGGGGCCCUUUCAGACUCCUCGGCCUGUGCCAGGUCUCAUGAGGAGUCCAGCACGUGGGACGGCCAGCACGAGGGCUGCCUGAGCCCAGCAAGGGCCAGGACUUCCCAGGAGAUCUGCCGGGGCGGUAGCCCUGAUGCUCCCCCCCGGAGUCUCCCGUCUCUGAGCAAUGGGCCUGUGACAGGGCUGCCGCUGGCUCCUGGCCGUUCUCACUCUUGGGAUGCAGAGGGAGGCUCCCCCCUGCCUCCCGCCUGCAGCCCUGCCCAGCUGGGGAGGAGGAGGAAGAGACCCUCCAGUGCAGUGUCCUCGCCUGGUCUUCCUGGCCUCAGCCGAGUGGUCUGGAGAGGCCGUGUCAGGCAGUGUCAUCACUGCAGGGACGCCCACUACCUGCCAGACUCCCCUGCAGCCCCUCAGUCACCAACGUCCUGCCCGGGUGGUCCAGCAUCACAACUUCCUCAGAACUCACCCAGAACCAGGAAACAGGCCUCCAGGGACCCAGGACCAUCCUUCCCUGGCUCUCUUGACUCCAAGGACUUGCCAGUGGCCAGCAUUACACCUGUGAGUAACUCGGACUGCGCGGUGGAACUGGUGGGGGACACGGAGCACAAGGCGUGUUCCCCAGAGUUCACAUCUGCCCACGCGCAAGGGGAUGGCAGUCUGGGGGGCCAGGCAGGGGACACCCCAGGGCCCUCCUUGUCCUUGGCUCUGCCAGUUGGAAGUCCUGAGGGAGAGGAGCCAGGAGCCAACCGAGGCUGCUGCUGCCCACAGAUUGGGUCAUCCCCUCUCUGUAGAAGCCACAGUGGUCAAAUGCAGGCCACCUGGGGACCCUCCUCUGAAGCCUGCUGGGUGUGCAGCAGCUACUGCCCCACUCCUCCCAGGGGCCGGCCCUGCACCAAGAAGCCCCCUUCUAGUAGCAGCAGCACCAACAGUGGCCACCGGAGGGCUGAUGGCGGGGCUGGGCCCAAGAGUGUGUUGCUGGGGACCAGCUCUGGUGAUGGGGGCGGCCUCGAGGAACCUCAGGAAGAUGGUGCCAUGACACCUGAUGCUUUGCCCCACACCUCACCGGACGCGAUGGUUCGUGAAUGGCUGGACAACAUCCCAGAAGAGCCCCUGCUCAUGAGACAGGAGAUGGUGGACGAGGCCACGAGUACGAUUAGCAAUGUCCCAGAAGGCCCCGGGGAGGACCCUGGUGAGGAUUGUACUUUGAGCAGCCCCAGGGAUCAGACUCAGGCUGGACAGCAGCCCCUGGAAGAGGAUACCAAUGAGUCCCCAGAGCCAGACAGAAUGCCCCCAGGGACCGGCAGUGCAGCCUCCGAGUCAGGAGAUGGUUCUCAUCAAGAUGCAGCUCCAGGCCAGGCGUCCAAGGCGGCUGUGGAGGCUGGAGUGGGAGAAGGGGCUACUGUGGGCCGUGGCAUGAGCCCACGUGUCCUUCCGCGCAGAGAUUCUGCCUCCAUGCAGAUCAUGAAGGCCCUGAUGGGCUUCAAGCAGGGCAGGCCCAGCAGCCUCCCAGAGGUGUCCAGUACCGAGGCCAGGAGGCUCAGUCGCUUGGCGGGUGAUCUCAUCACCUGCCUCGCCAGACUCCGCUUCUUUGAUGAGGAUCUUGGGUCUCCUGCUGGCAAAGUGAGGCUCACAGACUCAGCUCUGUAUCAGGAGUUGCUGAGCAUCUCCCAGACCCUGUGGCCAGGGUGUUGCUUUGGACGAGGCACACUGGACUUGAGCCUUGGGGACCUCACUUCACUACAGGCCUCACCGGUGACUGACAACUUCACACCCACCUCCUCCUCAGGUGUGGAUGUCAGCAGUGGCUCUGGAGGCUCGGGGGAGAGUAGUGUGCCCUGUGCUGCAGACUGUGCCCUGGUCCCCGAGAGGUCGGAGCUGCCCCUGCAAAUCUCCCAGAGGCCUGAUUCCAGCUCCCCAGGGCACCUGGAGGACCUGGGAACCCCGCAUCCAAGUGGUCUCACAGCUUCCUCCAGCUCUCAAGUGUGGGCUUGUGCCACCAGAGGGGAAGAAGGAGCAGGCCACGGGGAAGAGACGCUGGGCAAUGGUCUGGAACAACUAGACAACAGCCCAGAGCAAGCAGUUGAAAACAUGGUGCAGGAAGCGGAGGUGCAACUAGAAGAGAUAGAAAGCCCCGCAGCAGAGGGUGCUGAGGAGGCAGAGCUUCCAGAAGAAGCAAGAGUCAGCGGGGAGGAGUUGUCAGGGGCUUGCUCUCCAGAUGGGGAGGGCACGCUGGGAGACAUGGGGGCGCAGGAAGAGGAAGCAGGAGGAGACUCCGCUUCUGCAGGGCUGUGUUCCCCAGGAAGCACAGAGCCACCUGCAGAAGGCCCUGGUUCUCCCCUCAGCGAGAGGGACUCUAACCCCAGUGAGAGUCAAACUGGCCCCACAUCAAAGUCCAGUCUGGAAGAGCUGUCCAGAGCAGCUGUGCUGGGCUGUGAGCAAGCCCAGGCCACGUCCACCCCAGGGCCUGGGGAGUCCAGGGCACCUCUGGCCCACAGAGCAUUUCUGGAGCCUGACCUCAGCUGGGUGUCCAGGCUGCUGAAGAAGGUGGAGAAGGCCUUCAUGGCGCACCUGGCUGCCGCCACUGCCGGCCUCCGAGCCCGCUGGAGCCUGCAGGACAACUGCCUGCUGGACCAGAUGGUGGCCGAGCUGGAGCAGGACGUGGGCCACCGGCUCCAAGAGAGCAUUAACAAAGAGCUCCAGAAGAUAAAGAGCCGGAUCGGCAGGAUGGCCUUGGUGCCACCCAGGGAAGCCCUCAGGGGGCAGGCGUCCCUGCAGACCGAGCAGCGCAGGCGGCGCCUCCAGGGUCUGCGCAACCUCUCGGCCUUCUCGGAGCAGACCUAUGCCCGGGGGCCCCUCUCCCUCACCCUGGAGGACAGGCCCACCCUCCACGGAGCCCUGGGGACCCAGCCGCGCAGGGAGACUGAGGAGGAUGAGUUCUGUCCCUGUGAGGCCUGCAUGAGGAAGAAAGUGGCCCCGGUGUCUCCAAAGGACACUGCGGGGGCCCACAGUGCACCUAUCAAAAAGGCCUUUGACCUGCAGCAAAUUCUGCAGAAAAAGAAAGAGGGACGUACCAGUAGAGAGGCAGAGGAGGUGGCCCCUGAGACGACAGGGACGGAGCUCCCUCAGGACGACCCCUCAAGAGCUGGGUCUGUCCAGGGAGCCCAUGGAAGUCAGGAACUGGGGUUGGACCUGGGCCCCACGGUGGGCGAGGGAAGUGAGGGUGAAGGGAGCCAGAGGCCCAGUGGAGACGAAGAGGCUGAAGGAGAGGAGGCAGAGGGAACCAAUGACCAGGAGACGGGGGUGGAGGCCGAGGCUGGAAGAGCCCACAGCAGCAUGGGCAGCACCCCAGAGGAGACCGAGCCGCUGGAGCAGGGCACGCCUGAGAAGGAAGGAACCCUGUGUGAGCACUCUGGGGACGGGGACACCUCAGAGGCCACAGGAGGACUAGGUGACGGUGUUGAUGCCACAGAGGCCCAGGAAGCUGGAGGAGAGGGACAGUCGCCAGAGUCAGAAGGAGGAAGUCAAGGUGAGGAAGAAGGGGGCCCUUUAGCCAGCCCAGAACAGGGCCAGAGAAGGGAAGCUUCCAGAAACAGCAGCACAGACCAAGAGGUGAGCCCGCCGUCACCUGCCCCAAGUGGGGACACCCACCACCCAAGGCCAGGCCACCAAGCACAUGACCGCUCCUCUAGCAGGUCAACCCUGGGCAACGGCUCCCAGGUCUCCCAAAAGGGCUCAGAGGAAGCUCACGCAGGCAGAGAUCCUGGGGGCACCGAGGCCGAGUCGGAGCCACCUGCAGAGAAAAAUGUCACCUCCAUGUAUCCAGAAAGUUCCACCUCUGAGCACGAAGAGCCCCUUUCAGACCCAGAGACUCCAGAGCGGGGGACAGGUGACGACUGUGGCCUAGAUAAUGACGAGAAGGCAACCCAAAGCUCCCCCUGUGCCCAGGCGGGGCCCGGGGCAGAGGGCUUCCACCAAGAAGACCUGGAUUUCUAG